AUGCUUCUUGUCGAAGGCGAGAGAGAAAGCCUCGGCCUGUACCUGGUGGCGGCUCCCCUGUCGCUGAUCUCAGCCUUCACGCCAAACAUCUCCUCCGAAAUAUGGCUCUCGUAUCUCAACGAGCUCCUGAGUCCGUAUCGCUUCCAGUCCAAUGACAAGGUGCUCGUGCACGACAUAGGCCUGCCGCGAGCCAUGGGCGAGCUCUUCGCUCAAUUCAGUAACGAAGACCUGCUCUACACGCUGGGCUGGUGGUUCGCGCAGCAGUACAUUGUGAUAGCGUCGCCUGACGGUGGCCUAGCAUCGUACGGAAGCGCAGCUUUGGCACAGGCAAACAGACCCAUCGACUGCUAUGCGAUCACCGAAAGCCGAUUUCGCCGGGAGCUCUUCCACGAGAGGGCUCAGGCGUCGCUUGGCAGCGCUGGCCUGCGCCAGGCAGUUCGGCUGCUCGCAAACAUUCGAAACACUACUGUCGCCAUGGUCAGAUCGGUGCCCUGGCUUGACGAGGAAGCCCAUAACGAAGCGGCCCUUAUAGCGCGGAAGACACGGCUCGAACCAUGGAGGUCCGAAUUUGGCUUCAGAACCGCGGGUUUGCCAUCGAAGCUGCCCACCUCAAUAGAAGACGGGAAAGCGAAGACGACUUCACAAGAGCUUGGUCAUCUUUUCACCACUGCUGCACCACGCAAUACGGAUGUCUUCCAACCAAACAGGUGA